CUUUUCAACCUUUUCCUCUUUUCCCAGAGACCGAUCUAUCUCUGUUCUGUUCCUGUCUCUGAACUCAAAGGCCCUCGAUGGACCGGUAAUGACAACAAAUUAGGAAUCUGGGGCUGUUUUGCAAUUUCGAAUAGAUUUGUGGAGGAAAAUGGGGGCCGAGAGCACCUCUAGUUCGGGCGGUGGGAUUGAUCGGAACGACAGGAGGUACGACACUCCGGUGGUCUUGAACGUCUACGACCUCACCCCUAUGAACAAUUACUCAGUUUGGUUCGGUCUUGGAAUAUUCCACUCCGGUAUUGAAGUUCAUGGUAAAGAGUAUGGUUUUGGAGCUCAUGACUUCCCAGUUAGUGGAGUUUUUGAAGUGGAACCAAAGGCCUGCCCGGGUUUCAUUUACCGAUGCUCUAUUUCACUUGGUCGUAUAAACAUGUCUCCCACUGAAUUUCGGACAUUUAUUGAGAAUGUCGCUGCGGAGUAUCAUGGGGAUACCUAUCACCUCAUUUCCAAGAAUUGCAACCAUUUUACAGAUGACAUAGCAUGUAGGUUGACAGAAAGACGAAUUCCUGGAUGGGUGAAUCGGCUUGCUCGACUAGGUUCUUUGUGCAGCUGUCUUCUUCCAGAAAGCCUUCAAGUGACUACUGUUAAACAGACUCCUGAAUACCACCAUGAGUCAGAAGAAGAUGGUACUGAAUCUUUGACAAUCACUACGCCUCGCGUGUCAACAGAGGUUGAUGACGAUCAAGAAAGACGUCUGCUGUCACCCUUGGCUGCAGUAUCACCAAUGUCUGGAUGCGGGGACGUGACUUUUGUUAAAGAAGCCCAUACGUGAAAUAUAAAACCACAAUUUUUAUCGGAAAAGAGGAAAGUAUCAAUCCUGCAUAGGGUUGUUAGGCCCGUCAUUCUUCUCCAUGUCUUCCUAACCUGGAUGGCUUAUGAGGAAUCUCGUGUUUGCAGAAUCAAAGCUGCCUGAAUUGUAUUGAUUGUUUGUAUGCACAAGCGUUCAUCCGAUUUGCUUUAUUUUUGAAUUCUUUUUUGUACCAUUUUAAGUUUUCAACUACUUUUUGGAACUAUGGAAUCUGAACUAGAAGGUAGUUUGUUGUACUUCAUGAUUUGUGGAUGUGAAAGCUUUGAAGCUUGAAGGGGAGUU